AUGUCGCCUGUUCCCAACAAUGACGACCACUAUGACGCCGGCUCUCCCCUUGAUGGCGGAGCCCCGCCUUCUGACCUAGGCAACAGCGGCACGCAUUACCAGCCCACUGGCCUUGAGAUCGGCGUCAUCACUGGCGUUUGUGGUCUUGUUCUUCUCACCGUUGUGGGAGUCUUCGUCUGGCGAGCUCGCAAGAACCGCUUUGCUAAGGGCGCUAGCGCUCUUCAUUCCGGACCUGACACCGCCCAUUCGGAGGGUUCCCCUCAGCCUUUCGGAUCUCACUCGGCCACCGAACCUGUCCCUCCCCCCAAGGAUUCCCGCUUCGGCGCAGUCAAGAAUGAAGAGCCUGCCUCUUUCGACCAGCCCAUCCCUCUGCCUCCCAACCGCAACGAGGAGAUUCAGUGGAGCCACUGGACUCCCAUUCGCCGCGAAGGAAACAGUGGCCAUGUUGAGGAACACGAGAUAGCAUCCCGUUUCUAA